AUUCCUGUUCCAGUUCAAUAUGCAUAAAAUGUGAAUCGUCAUAUUAUUUAUCCGGUGGCUCCUGUUUUAUAUGUCCAGGAGACUGCACCAGUUGUAACGGGUAUAAUAACUGUACUUCGUGCAGACCAAGUAAAUGGGGUUCAGCCAACCAGUGCCAGUUUAUCUGUAAUAACAAUUGUCAUAAUAAAGAAUGCCAAUAUGACACUGGAUAUUGUAUUCAGUGUGAACCAGGGCUGUACGGUCUACUGUGUCAACUUGAUUGUAGUCUCUGUGAGAAUGAUCUUUGUGAUUUACGCAAAUGCACGCACGGAUGUAAACAAGGAUAUUACGAGUACAAAACUGAGCUUGAAACAUUUUGUCAUAAAUGUACGACAGAUUGUAGAUAUUGUUAUGACGCACGCACAUGUAAGGUUUGCAAUGAUGGUUUUCAUUUGUAUCAGUAUUAUUCAAAUGAAAAGGUUUUUGUUGUUUGUGUUAGUUGCUCAGUAGGAUCAAACUGUUCAAAUUAUUGUGUUAUUCAAAAUUGCAAUAAGUGUCAAGUCAAUGAUGACGCUUUGGUAUGCACAGAUUGUCCUGAAGGAUCUAGAUUUAACGGCAAAACAUGCAUAGUAAAUACAACAAGCUGUUCUCAAGGAUGUUCUUCUUAUUGUGAUGACGAAGGAAUAUGCUUAGAAAGUUGCAAUGCAGGAUGGACGGGUGAAAGAUGUUCUGAGCAGUGUUUAGAUAACUGUUUGACAUGCGAUAAAAGUAAUAUGGACACUUGUCAACAGUGUAAAGAUGGUUUUUACACAACCAAUUGUAGCAUUGCUUGUAGUCCAUCAUGUAAAACAGAAGACGGUCAACAAACGUGUAAACUAAACGAUGGAUAUUGUUUAAAUGGAUGUGAACACAAUUUCUGGGGCCCUUUAUGUCACCAGCCUUGCCCUAACGGUUGUACUGAAAACGGUUUAUCUCCGGUAUGCGAACGAAACAAGGGGGCAUGUAAACAUGGAUGUAAGGACGGAUACAAUGGAGACAAAUGCAAUCUGACUGCUACUACAAGCAAAACAACGAUAGUGUCUGAAGCAACAACAACGCAAAGCAAAGUGUGUACACAAUGUGACUGUAAAGAAAAUGUUGACUGCAAAAACAAUUUCAUUGAAGGCUUCUUUUCGGGAUUAGGAACGUCUGUUGUCGUUGCAGCUAUUACAGUGGCAUUAUUCCAGAUAAGGCGAAGGUAUGUAGCAAAGAAGUUAAAAUCGCAGCAAGAUUCGAAGAAAACAAUCGAGAUGCCCACAUAUUAUAACGAGGAUAUCCGUCAUACACAUGAAACACAAGAAGAGGCUAUCGGAACUAAUAACUAUGAGAAACUCGGCAAUACCAGGAACACGGAUAAUGUUUACCAUGGUAUGAAAGCUGUUGAAGAAAUUAAGUUAUGGAGUUGGUUUAACAAUACAGAAUUUUUUGUAUUGAUAUUUUUCAACAAGGAGGUAUAA